AUGAAUAUAUUAACUUGGUUAAACAAUCUCAAUGUGUUUUGGUCUUGCGCUGGUUUGUUCCUGGUCAUCCUUUUAUUAUCUCUCUGUGCCAAAAAUCACCAAGAUCCACGUUGGGUAUUCACUCAUUAUGAAAAUGACACUGGUUUUGAAAAUCCUUAUUACGUUUUUCUUUUGGGAAUGAUUGGUGCAGCAUAUUCGUUAUUUGGAUCUGAGUGCAGCGCUUCAAUGAAUGAAGAAACAAAGGAUGCUGAUAUUUCUUCACCUAUUGCUAUGAUCACAUCUAUCUUGACUGCUUGGAUCUUUGGAUUUGUUUAUCUAAUGGUACUAUUAUUCUCUAUUCAAGAUGUGGAUGUUAUUUUGACAACUACUUUCAACAUGCCUGUGGCUCAACUUUUCUGGGAUGCUGUUGGACCAUUUGCAACGGUUGCAUUCUUGGUAUUGAUGAUUGUAUGUCAGUUUUGUUCGGGAUCAACUUCAUUGACAGUGGCAUCAAGACAAAUAUUUACGUUAGCAAGAGGAGGUGGUGUUCCUUAUCAUGACCAAUUACAGCAACUCAACAAGCACCAACUUCCCGGAAACGCAGUAAUGGCCACUUCUAUACUCGCUUGUUGUUUCGUCUUACCUUAUCCGUUGUCAGAUUAUCUAUUUGAAAUCAUCAUCAGUGCCGCUACCAUCACGGUCCAUACGGCUUAUAGCGUUGUUCUUGGUUGUCGGUUGUUUGUGGGAUCCCAUGAUGGCAAAAAGGGUCGAUUUCACUUGGGUUAUCUCUCCAAACCAAUCACUGCUCUAGGUUUUGCUUGGACUCUUAUCGCUGUCUUUGUCUUUAUGUUACCUACUUGUUGGCCAAUCGAUGGUAAAAAAAAAAAAAUAUUUCAGUAA